AAUGAGAUUAAAAGCUAUAAAGUAAAUGUUGUCUUCCAGAUCUGUACUCAUGUCUUUACAACUGUGGCGCACACCUGGGAAGCUGUUCCUGUACUAGCUCUUGUGAAUACUACGGCAACUGUUGUCAUGACUACUACUGUAAGUAUUCUGUCCUUCAAAGCUCAGCAGAAGGAGGCCCUGCUCACUAUGAUCACACUUUCCAAUGAAAAGAAUUUUUCCUCGCACUACAGCUUACUGCCCAAGCACAGGAGAUCCAGUCACAGAUCAGCCAUCAUGUCGUUACAACUGUGGCAUGCACCUGGGAAGCUGUUCAUGCAGAAGCUCUUGUCAAUACAAUGGUGACUGUUGCUAUGACUACUAUGAUUACUGCUCAUCAACCACUACGUGGCCUGACGUUACAGCUCAGCCUUCAUGUCGAUACAACUGUGGCUGGAGCAUGGGAAGCUGCUCCUGCACAAGCUCUUGUGAAUACUAUGGAAAUUGCUGUUAUGACUACUACUCAUACUGCCAAUGGACUACUGACACGCCCACUACCAUGCCUGUUACAGAACAGCCUUCAUGUCAAUACAACUGUGGCUGGAACAUCGGAAACUGCUCCUGCUCAAGCUCUUGUGAAUACUAUGGAAAUUGCUGCAAUGACUACUACUAUUACUGCCAGUCUCCUGACUUUACCACAGCUCAACCCUCAUGUCGAUACAACUGUGGCAGUUACAUGGGAAGCUGUUCCUGCUCAAGCUCAUGUGAAUACUAUGGAAACUGUUGUUACGACUACUACUCCUACUGCUUAGUCUCAACUAGGGAGCCAACAGGGUCAUGUGGAGGCAAUCUGUUUGGCUCUGGCACCUUCUCUAGCCCUAACUAUCCCAGCUACUAUCAUGACAAUGCCUACUGCAUGUGGCAACUAAGAGCUGCAUAUGACCAAAGAAUCUUCCUGCAAUUCACAUUCCUACAGCUGGAAAACUGCUGUUCCUGCGACUACAUUGAAAUCUAUGAUGGGCCAUAUGUUUAUUCACCAUUUUUGGGCAAAGUCUGCAACAACAGUCUGAGCACUUUCUUCUCCACUUCCAACUAUAUGACUGUGGUCUUCCGGACUGACGGUUCUAUGGUUGGUCGAGGUUUCAACGCCGAGUUCACGAGCUCUUUGACACCAAGCUCAGGUCGAGUGGACUGCUCCUCAGACAACAUGAACAUCGUGAUUGAGAAGUCUUACUUGAACACUUUGGGUUAUGAUGGUCACAGCCUGUACCUGAACGACCCACACUGCAGACCCCAGAUUUCCUAUUACAAUGUGGUCUUCAGUUUUCCUCUCAACACUUGUGGCAACACAAGAGAGUUUGAGAAUGGCAAAAUUGUGUACACAAACAGUCUUCGUGCCUACAACUCCAACUACGGCGAGAUCACACGCCAGUCUAACUUUAAGCUAAACGUCAACUGCCGAAUGGAGGAAGACUCGGUAUCUCAGAUUUUAUACGAGGUCCGUGAACUAGAGAACACCACCAUAACAGGCACAGGCAGAUACAAUACCAGCAUGGUUUUCUACCAAUCCAGCAGCUUCUACUAUCAGGUGACUCAAUUUCCAUAUGAGAUAACACUAAACCAGAACUUGUAUAUUGAAAUCGAUAUGAGGAGAGGUGACAGCAGUCUGGUCCUCUUUAUUGACACCUGUAUAGCAUCACCAUCAGCCUUUGAUUUCCAGUCAAGACCCUACUACUUGGUUCGCAAUGGUUGUCCAAUAGAUAACACCUACUAUGCCUACACUACUGGCACCAGCCCGUUUGCUCGUUUCACAUUUAAGGCCUUCCAGUUCUUGCGGGCCACAGAAGACGUGUACCUCCAGUGCAAGGUCCUAAUAUGUCCAGCCUCCGACUACAACUCCCGCUGCCGCCGCGGAUGCACCAAACGAGUGGCCAGAGACGUGGGGUCUGAACAUGAGAGUGAAACUCUGGUUGUGGGUCCCAUUCACCUUUUAGACCCUGAGAAAAAGGAAGAUGCGAAUGAUGAGCAGAAAGAAACUUAAAUCUUCUCCACUUCUCUCCCUCUUCUUCACGCCUUCACUCUAACACUGAAUAUUAUCCACCCUUUCUUUUUUUUCCUUUUCUUGCAUUACAUGAAUAAAGGCAUCAUCAAAAGACAA